UACAAUAUAUGAGUUGUCAAGCGGUUCACCUUCUGUUGUGCUAUUAGCAUAAAAUCAAAUCAAAAGUCGGGCUAGAUAUAAAGACCGAAUUUUAUGUGAUAUUCGUCACUUCACUGCAUCCAUCCGUGAAAUCAGCACUUCAAACAUGAAACUGAUCGUAGCUCUCUGCCUGGUCGCGGUGGCGGUGGCUGCCCCUCCCUCAAGGGUCAACUACUCCCCAGACAAUGUUCAGAUUGUCAAAUAUGACAACGACAACCUGGGACUCGGAGACUACAGAUUCGCAUAUGAAUUGACCGAUGGUACCGGCGCAGAGCAGCAGGCUGAGCUCAGGAACGCGGGCAAGGAAGACGAGUCCAUCGCAGUGAGGGGAUCCUUCACCUGGGUGGGACCUGACGGCGUGUUCUACCGUGUCACCUACACAGCUGACGACAACGGCUACAAGCCCGAGAUCGAACAAGGACCCGGAGGAGCUGUCCCACCCGCAGUCGUUGCCUCUCUCCUCGGUUAAUUUAUAAGACUUUGUUAUUUAAUUUAUUGUAUUACCAAAAAUAUACUAUACAUACAUUUAUAAUAAUAUUUACAAUUAAAAUACCUAUUACCUAAA